CUGCAAGGGUGGGGGUGGGUUCCAGCAGUUGGGCAACUCAGGCCCUGGUGCCGCGCGCGAGAUCCUGAGCGCAGCCCGGAGGAAUCGGGGGCUCCGCCAUGGCCCGGGAGAGGCCGCCGGGCAGGGGCUGUGGCGCCCUGCGCCGGUGCCUGCUCGGCGCCGCGCUUGUGCUCGGCCUGCGCCUCUGCGCCAAGCUGCGCAGCCCCGGGCCCGGAGCCCCUCGCCGCAGCGCCGCCUCUGUCUCGGUGCCUCGGCCACCCGUGCCUCACCUGCUGCCCGCGCCCGGGCUGCCGCGUGGCGCCAGCAGGAGGCAGGUGACUUACGUGCGCAGCGGGCGCAGAGCGUCGCCGACUGGUGGCGGGCGCGGGACGCCGGAGCCGAGCUGCUGCGCCCCGCGCGGACGCCCCAACCCGAAGGGUCCCCGAUGGCACAUUGAGCUGCAGCCUUGGGCAGGCCCUGCCCACUCCCUAGAUGAAGAAGCCGCAAGGUUCCUGAGCUACAUCAGCACAACACAGAUUGCGUGCAAUCACAUGAGUACCGACAGCCUGGAGGCUGACUUCAGCCCUGCCCAGCAGCCCUGGUCAGUGUGUCUUGAUGAUAGGUUUGGCUUAGCUCGCCAAAUCCAUAACAAGCAGUGCCGUCUCUACUCCUUAGGGCUGGGAAGUGAUAAUACUGGCUUUGAGGUUAGCAUGGCCAGGAAUGGAUGUGAAGUGCAUCGUUUUGACCCUAGUGUGAAGUCAGCUCACAUCCUGGAGAGCCAACGCCUGUGGUAUCACCGCUUGUCCAUCACCUGGAGGGACCCCCAUCCAGCUGUUGCUGUUCAGAAGUCAUAUGCCAAUGCCAGAAAGCUGGGAAGUGUUUUGAAUGAAUUCGGGCAUUACAAGAUUGAUGUGCUCAAGGCAGAUCUGGAAAGUGCAGAAUGGAAGGUUCUGGAAAAUCUCAUUCUGGAAAAUGUCAUUGAACAGAUUGGCCAGCUCAUCUUUGAGAUCCAUCUCCACUGGCCCGGGUUUGAGGUUAGUGGCACUGACAGCAGUGUCGUGCGGUUCUGGUACAGCCUCCUCAAAGAAUUAGAACAAAAGGAUUUCAAGCUUUUUCACAGUUACAAAGACUUAACUAAACCUCAGCUAUUCCUGAAGAAAGAAAUCUUCAAUGCAAGUAGCUGCUAUACUCUAAGCUGGGUGAAUACAAGAUGGAGAUAGCGUGCAGGCCCUCAUUGAGAAUGUUGGGGAAUAUUCUCAGAAUGGAACACACCCACGACUCUCAGCAUAGAUUUAUGCAUCUACUAGACUGUUAUCUGGUCAAGCAAGGACCAUGUUACAGUCUUUGUGGUAUAGGAUCCUGGUACUUGACAUGUGGCAAAGGUACUCUCAACAUACCAAGGGAUGAACCAUCAACUCCCUCCCAUCUGCACCCUGCUCCCUCCACCACCAUUGUCCAGACCCAAGCCCUCUGCCCUCUGCUUCAAAUCAUGUUUCUUUACAAGAUGAGAAGUUUAUUCUGGAUGAUUUUCAAAAUCUCAUUUUGAAUAACUUACCUAAGUAGUAUAAAAAUAUCCGAAUUAUUUUAUCAAUUUAGUAUUUCACUUUUGCAUUUUCUCUAUGUCUUGAGAGGGUGUUGAAAACAGAAUGUUGAUUGUGUUAGACUUUUUUCUUUUCGUUAUUUUUCUUUAACCCCUUUCUGCCCUCAGACCUUCCCCAGGUUGGCUUUUUGCUUCUUGUAAUCAUUUGAAACCAUCAUAUAUCUAGUGAG